AUGGCCAAAGGACGAGGCCGAGGGGGUGGUAUGACGAAAGAAUUAUCUAGAUCUAGCGAAAAAGAGAGAGGAAAACACUCAGAAACAAAGGGUGAAUGCUCAAUUUCAGUUGAAGGCGAGGAUUCGCGAUUGGCAAGGGAUGAAGGAAUACAGAGAUCUAGUGGAGUGGAAGAAUCGAAAGUGAGUGAGGCAGCCCAGAAUGACAAGAAGCAAAACAACAACUAUAAUGUAAGUUCUCCUGAUUUGGAUAUUAUACAAAGCACAAUUUCUAAAAUGGGUAAUGAUAUAGAGAGAAGGCAGAGUCGAGGGAUAGGGAGUAAUAAUGGGGGAGAAUCGACUGAGACACAGGAGCAAAGGGUGGUUUAUGAGUGGAAACCAGUAUUGUGUACAAAAUGCAGAGGUUAUGGUCAUGAGAAAAAGGUGUGUAAGCAGCCAAUGCAAGCUGUUUGGAGACAGAACAAUCCUGACACAGGAGGGAAGAUGAAGGAAGUUGUGGAUGUAGAAGUUACAAAAAUAACAACAGUUAGUGAUGAGAAGGAUGUGAAGAGACAAGGGACUAUUGCUGUGAAUGAAAUCAAGGUAAAGGAAAGAUCCCAGAAGGGAAAAGGUGAAGCAUCUGAACCACAAAGGGGUGCUACAACAGUGGGUAAACAGGACAGUUAUCAAGGGGACACAGGAUCAAGCCAAGGGAGAAAUAGAGGAACAACCAUGAUCCUAAGGAAACAGAGUGAAGCAGUACAAAAAAGGGGUAAGGUGAGUGAAGCUGAAGAACCUGUGGAUCCUGGACCUGAUUUAAUAUGA